CCCUCUCCUUCUUCUUCUUCUUCUUCUUCCUCCUCUUCCCAAAAUUCAACCUUUAUUUACAAUCCUUCAUUCACUCCAAAACCCCAUCAAUAACACAGCAUGAAACACCACCAUCAAAAUCAACACCAACAACAAAUCUUCCAAAGAAGCUCGAGUGCAUGCACAGCCACAACACGAAACACCCGAAGAAUCCUACCUUCCACCCUCUCUCACUCCCGCGCCUCCGAAUCCGAGGAUGUCUCCGACAAACUCCUCGUGGGACGAGGAUCAUCGCCUUCGGUCUCCACCUUCUACCAUCAGCAGCAACAAAAAGGGCAGAAACUAACGCCACAAAACAAGUUAUCCACCCUCAUACGUUCCUUCCUCAACAUCUUCACUUUCCCCACGAUGAUCCCCACAUGCAAGUGGCUCACCAUCCCCUCGCAUCUCUCCAUCACCCCCUCUCUCGGCCGGAAAGUCACCGGAACCCUCUUCGGCCACCGCCGCGGUCACAUAUCCUUCGCCGUGCAGCUCCAUCCCCGCGCCGAGCCCCUCCUCCUCGUUGAACUCGCCAUGUCCACCUCCUCCCUGGUCAAGGAGAUGUCCUCUGGUCUCGUGCGUCUGGCGCUCGAGUGCCAGAAAGUGUCGACGUUCUCAGCGUCCACUAAUGGUGGUCGGCAACACCACAAGAGACUCUUUCAGGAGCCUUCCUGGACCAUGUACUGCAACGGCAGGAACUGCGGCUAUGCAGUGUCCCGCACGUGCGGGGACCUCGACUGGCACGUGCUGACCACCGUCCAGAGCGUGUCCGUCGGCGCCGGCGUGAUCCCCCUUCUGGAGGACGGAAAAGGUGGCGGCGGCGGCGGUGGGUCGGAGGGCGAGUUGAUGUACAUGAGGGCACGGUUUGAACGAGUUGUGGGGAGUCGUGACUCGGAGGCGUUUUACAUGUUGAAUCCCGAUGGUAAUGGAGGACCUGAACUUAGUAUUUUUCUAUUGAGAAUAUGAUGUGAAGAUUGUUGACAA